ACACACAAAGAGAGAGUGCUCGCUCCUCAGGAAACCCUGCAAGUUCGGAUCGCUACUACAGAAACAUUUGUCUCAGUGGAUUAUCCUCACUGGCAGGACCCCAGCCAGAAUGAAACUAGUGCACGUAGCCCUGCUCUAUCUCGGCUCUGUGACCUUCCUUGGGAUGGAUGCUGCACGGGUGAACGUAGCGACAGAGUUCAAAAGAAAAUGGACGAGAUGGGCACUGAGCCGAGCCAAGCGGGACGUGAAGCCCGCAGGCGCGCUCCGAGGGCUGGGGGCAGCCGCCGACGUGCAGCCGCUCAUACGGACCCAGGACGUGAAGGAGGAACCUCGAAUCUCGCAUCCCAGCACUCGGGAGGAUGCUCACAUCCGCGUCAAGCGCUACCGCCAGAGCAUUAACAGCUUCCCCCACUUCCAAGCCAUCCGCACGGGGUGUCGAUUCGGGACGUGCACGGUGCAGAAGCUGGCCCACCAGAUCUACCAGCUGACCGAUAAAGACAAGGACGACACCGCCCCCGCCAGCAAGAUCAGUCCCCAGGGCUACGGCCGCAGGAGGCGCUCCCUGCCCGAACGCAGCGGCCCGGCGCGUUUCCCCCGGGCCGAGCGACGCCUCCGGACUCCAAGGGCGCAGCCCCUCGCCGCCGUCUUCGGGCUCUGAACUCUGCCGGUACUACCGGUUGAGGCCGUCUCGG